UACUCAUUGUUCAACACCAGUCAAAUAUUGUCAGUCAGAUUAGUUUUUGUGCAUUCACUUGUGAUAACACCAUUAUGUCUUCACAAAAAGAAGCACCCAAAAAAGAAGGUCUAAAGGAAGAUCCAGCUCCCGGAGCAACAGAUCCAGCAUCAGCUGCUUCUUCACCAACUUUAACACCAGAGUCAGCUACAAAGGCUGAAAAAGACACUUCUGCACCUGGUCUAGACCCAGUCCAAUCUCCAAAUCCAGUAAAUAAUGCAGCUGUAGUACAUUUCAAUGCUCAACAGCUUGAAGAGUUUAAAGAGGCUUUUCAGCUAUUUGCCAGGUCUCCCUCAGGGAUAUCACUCGCUCAGUGUGGGGACGUGAUGAGGGCUUUGGGUCAGAACCCAACCAAUGCUGAAGUCUUGAAUGUUCUAGGAAAACCAAAGCCUGAAGAGAUGGAAUCCAAACUGAUCGACUUUGAGACUUUCCUGCCUAUGCUUCAACAAGUUUCAAAGUCUACCGAAAGUGGCUCAUUCGAAGAUUUUGUGGAGGGCCUUCGGGUCUUUGACAAAGAAGGCAAUGGAACGGUCAUGGGGGCUGAACUCCGCCAUGUACUUGCAACUUUGGGUGAGAGACUGUCUGAGGGUGAAGUGGAUCAGUUGCUGUCAGGGCAAGAGGACACAAAUGGUUGUAUUAACUAUGAAGCUUUUAUUAAACAUGUCAUGGCUGGCUGAGAGAUCAUUUCUGGUACAGUAACACCUUCACAGGCAUGUCAGCAGCGGUCAUCUGAAGGUCAUCUACAAGAGUCAUCAAUGAACGAGUUCUUAUAAAAUUAAUUAAAAUCAUCAUGUCCAUCAACCACCAUCUUAAGCUGUUUUAUAUCAAGUACAAAUUAUCAGUGCAACAAAAAGAGGCAAAAAUGCAAACUCUGUAGAAGUGAGGAUACGGUGAUCUGCUUUACACGUGUGUUCCAAAGAGAAUCAACACAGCUGUCAGUGGAUAAAACCUUGGCUUUGGUUGUGCUAGUGCACUGAACUUUCUCUAAUCCUCAAAUGUGCGGAACUUUUACCAGGCACAUGUGAUAAACCCAGACCCUGUAUCACUGUACUUCUCUCAGUACAUUUUUCUAUGAAAAGCUCUGUACUAUAGUCAAUAUUACUGUCACUGAAAGAGAACAACACUGAGCUGUAUUCAUUUACAGCGUUACAUGCUGAAUAAAUGUGUUGAGUUUAAUUUUCAGAAAGAUCUGAUUUCAAAGCUAUUUGUGAGUGUUAUGAGAAAUUUAUGAUUACAUAUAUGAAGUUAAUAUAUUACAAAAAAACAUAAAAUAAAAAUUAAUUGACAAGUAAACUGACAUUACUAUUAUGGCAAGAUCGGGGCUGUAACACUUUUCAGACAGCAUUCUCUAUAUGACUACCCCUACUAAAACUCCCCAGAAAACUGAAAUGUUGACAUUCUGACAUUACUGUACAUGAAUGAAUUUGUCACAAUGAUUGCCUGACAGUAUUUAAAUGAGCUAAAUAAACAUAAUGAGUGAUUCCAAGUCAAAUCACUUAUUUGUUAAGUGUCAAUACAUUUUGCCAACUGAACAUGUUUUACAUUAUUUAGAAACCUGUGCCAAUACAUUCAUUCAUUCAUUUUUAUCAGGGGUCGCCACAGCGGAAUGAACUACCAACUUAUUCAGCAAAUGUUUUACGCAGAGGAUGCCCUUCCAGCUGCAACCCAGUACUGGGAAACACCCAUACACUCUCACAUGCACAUACAUAUAUACACUACGGCCAAUUUAGUUUAUUCAAUUCCCUUAUAGCACAUGUUUUUGGACUGUGGUGGAAAUCAGAGCACCCUGAUGAAACACAUGCCAGCACGGGGAGAACAUGCAAACUCCACACAGAAAUGCCAACUGACCCAGGUGAGACUCAAACCAGCAACCUUCUUCCUUCUGUGAGGAGACAAUUCUAACCACUGAACGACCUUGUUACCCUUGUGCCAAUACAGUUUAUUUAAUUUCUUUUUGGAGUGUAUUUUUAAUUUCCAUUUUUUUCUUAAAAUUAAUGUUUGAUUUUACUUUCAAGGUUCUGU